AAAACAGUCAUUCCAGAAGAUCAUAUUGUUGUCCAUGCCAUCUCUCUUCUUCUCCUCCUCCUCCAGGGUCAACCAGCGUGCUCUUAUUGACAGAUGAGAACAUUUCUUGACGGCAGCUGAGUGAUUUCAGUGGGUGGAUUAUCAAUUUGCUGACUUGUUGGGAGAAAAGAGUUGCCAUGGAAACUAUUUCUCUCUUCCUCUCAUCGCUGCUGGUGUGCGUGGCUGCUGCAGCAGACGUGGAUGUUCAGGAUGAAAAAGAAAAAGAGGACAACCCCUUUGUCUACGACUAUGAGAGCCUGAGGAUUUGUGGACUGGCACUAGCCGUGGUGCUGUUCACCCUCGGAAUCCUGCUCAUCCUCAGUAGACGAUGCCGCUGCAGUAUCAGCCAGAAGCCCAGGGCCCCGGGAGAUGAGGAGGCCCAGGAGGAAAACCUUAUCGUCUCAAAGGCUGCAGCAGCUGCCAAAGAGACUCCAGCGGAAAACUGAGGCAGCACCUCCAUUAUCAGCUCAAACUGCCUUCUGAGAGGAUGACGUGAAUCACCUGCAUCGAUGAUAUGUUAUAGGGUAAUGAUACGGCGAGGUAUGACCACAUUAUGAUACAAAAUGUACAUAAAUCAUGCGCCUUUUAGCCCAGUCGUGCUUCGUUGUGACGUAGCAGUCCUCAGUGCUCUUGUCUCUACUCGUGCCUUCAUGUAGAUGUCCUUCACUUUUACUGUACCGUACUGUACCCGUGUCUCAGCUGUUAUGUAAUAAUGGCACCUUCGACACAAUUUGAAGGUAAAACAGGUGUCCGUGUGGUGUGGUACUGUUUGUUUUGUACUCCCUACUACUGCUUUGACACUCUAGGAAUGUCUCCACUUUUUAAUAAGGGUACCCUAUAUGAAUUAGUUAGGACUUACAAAACUGAUGAGCUCACCUCGCCUGAUUUGUAAAAACAAAACCCCCUCCAAGAAAACCAAACAACUGCUUCACUACAUACACUAUAUUGCCAAAAGUAUUUGGCCACACAUAUGAACUUGAAGUGCCAUCCCAUUCCUAACCCAUAGGGUUCAACAUGAUGUGGGUCCACCUUUUGCAGCUAUUACAGCUUCAACUCUUCUGGGAAGGCUGUCCACAAGGUUGCGGAGUGUGUUUAUAGGAAUUUUCCACCAUUCUUCCAAAAGCACAUUGGUGAGGCCACGCACUGAUGAUAGUCGAGAAGGCCUGGCUCUCACAGUCUCCGUUCUAAUUCAUCCCAAAGGUGUUCUAUCGGGUUCAGGUUAGGACUCUGUGCAGGCCAGUCAAGUUCAUCCACACCAGAGUCUGUCAUCCAUGUCUUUAUGGACCUUGCUGUGUGCACAGUCAUGUUGGAAGAGGAACUGUUCUCACAAGGUUGGGAGCAUGGAAUUGUCCAAAAUUUUUUGGUAUCCUGGAGCAUUCAAAGUUCCUUUCACUGGAACUGAAGGACCAAGCCCAACUCAUGAAAAACAACCCCGCACCAUAAUUCCUUCUCCACCAAAUUUCACACUCGGCACAACGCAGUCCGAAACCUACCGUUCUCCUGGCAACCUUCAAAGAUGGAAAAGCGUGAUUAAUCACUCCAGAGAAGGCGUCUCCACUGCUCUAGAGUCCAGUGGCGACGUGCUUUACGCCACUGCAUCCGACGCUUUGCAUUGGACUUGGUGGUGUAUGGCUUGGAUGCAGCUGCUCGGCCAUGGAAACCCAUUCUAUGAAGCUCUCUGCGUACUGUACGUGGGCUAAUUCGAAGGUCACCUGAAGUUUGGAGCUCUGUAGCAACUGACUGUGCUGAAAGUCGGCGACCUCUUUGCACUAUGCACUUCAGCAUCCCCUGACCCCUUAAUGUCAGUUUGCAUGGCCUACCACUUCGUGGCUGAGUUGCUGUUGUUCCCAAACUCUUCCAUUUUCUUAUAAUAAAGCCGACAGUUGACUUUGGAAUAUUUAGGAGCGAGGAAAUUUCACGACUGAAUUUGUUGCACAGGUGGCAUCCUAUGACAGAUCCGCGCUGGAAAUCACUGAGCUCCUGAGAGCGGCCCAUUCUUUCACUUGAUCUUAUACACCUGUGGCCGGGCCAAGUGAUUAUGACACCUGAUUGAUUAUUUGGAUGUGUGGCCAAAUACUUUCGGCAUUAUAGUGUAUCUUAAAUAAAGCCUGCCAACAAUCCACCAGUUGAAUAAAUACUGGUACUUUUAAAGGUAACGCUUGUAUUCUGUCAGUCCUAACGGUUAACUAUUCACGUCAGAUCAAACUGACAUUUUUUCGUUACCGCUGUCAUGUCCAGUUUCAAACACUCGGCGGGACCACAAGCAGUCAAGCAGCACUCAGAGCGGACUCAGUCGGACUGGUUCUAGGCAAUGUUGCAAUUCUCCAUGCCAGCGAAGCAAGUCUGCCUGCUCGAAAACACUCAAACGUGCAGCGAGGCACCACUUUUCAAAAAGCGCUAGCUCGAUGCUAAUUUAGACCCGCAACUGAUUAGCAUAAGCGAUUUUACAUGUCCAUUUCAACACCUCCAAAUUUGGUAAUGAAAACGACAAUUAAGAUGCACGUUACAAUCAAACAGGUGGUGUGUAAUAUAUACAAUACUUACAGUACAAACACUUUGUAGGGUUCAACCAAAGACUAGACUUUCAGCUUAAUGGCAAAGAAUACUUCCUGACAAGGCAACACACAAUAGCCUAUACACCACUGCCCUCUAAUGCAGGGGUAGGGAACCUAUGGCUCUCGAGCCAGAUGUGGCUCUUUUGAUGACUGCACUUGGCUCUCAGAUAAAUCUUAGCUGACAUUGCUUAACACGAUAAGUAAUUAAUAAUUCCGCUGGUAAUCACAGGGUUAAAAAUUUUAUCAGCGCCCAAAAGUUGCGAACUUUAUCGUCGAUGUUCUCUACUAAAUCCUUUCAGCAAAAAUAUGGCAAUAUCGCAAAAUGAUCAAGUAUGACACAUAGAAUGGACCUGCUAUCCCCGUUUAAAUAAGAAAAUCGCAUUUCAGUAGGCCUUUAACAGGAUAAGUACUGAAUAAUUCCGCUGGUAAUCACAGUGUUAAAAAUAACGUUGAAAAUACAAAACAUUCUCAUGCAUUUUAAUCCAUUCAUCCGUUUUUUACCGCACCUGUUUAAGAAGUCGCAUUAAUGGUAAGAAGUAUUUUAGUUAUUAUUGGUUAGCUUUAGAGAAUAAGAGACGUAUUAUACUCUAAAAAUGUUGGUCUUACUUAAAACGCCCGCAUUUAGUUGUAUUCAGUGUUAAAAAAUAUUAUAUGGCUCUCACGGAAAUACAUUUUAAAAUAUUUGGCUUUCAUGGCUCUCUAAGCCAAAAAGUUUCCCGACCCCUGCUCUAAUGUCUUGGAAUUGCAACUGCAUGCAAAGUCUGCAAUACUUACAAUACUUGCAAAUGAGAUUCAGAAGUGUGGAACAACUGGACAGCAUAGGCAUUAUCGGUUCAGCGUUAAAUGUUAAACACAAAAAUGCCAUUUUAUUAUUAAACAAAUGAAAAUGUUUUAACACAUGAACACAUAGAAAAGUACCAACAAUUGGUACUUUGGAUUCCCAGGCACCAGGUAUUGGUUUUAUCAUUUAGUUGUUAUUUGGCAAAAUUUUUAUCGGCGGUCACUCGAACGAGUAUGAUGAUCCUCCUGGUAGGGGUGUAUCCCUUUAUGGAGGAUGCCUGUGCGUGACUUUGUUUUACGUGGGGAGACUGGUGCACAGACAGUCGCCACACGAUCCUUGACAGAAUCGGGUCAGGGUCCAGUGGCAUGGAGUCCAAGACGACUGGGGACCCUUUUCUGCUGCAGCCUUCUUCCGCCGUUGCAGCCUUUGUGGUAGUUCUUAAAUCUACCGUCUUCCGCCUGCUCCGCCGUCGAGGUCUUCACCGUAUCCCUGGCUAGGGGGCAGUCAGGUACUAGGCCUUUGCCAAGGGCUACCUGGGGUAACAGUAGUAAAGGGGUUAACCUC